CAUCGGUUCCAGCCGGGGAUCAGCAUCCUACUUUCACAUCAGUGUCUCGUAGAAAUGCCAUCACUCUUCGUCAUUGUUCAUGGAGCUUGGGACAACUGCACAACGAUGCGUACCAUGGUGCUGUGGCUUUGUGGGUUUCCAAGCCAAGCCCUUUUUUUUCUGGUUUUUUUUGUUCUUUCCAGAAUGCCAUGGUUUGUCAGCAUGGCAUUUCGACGUCCUGGCAUCAAUGUUACCACCUUUAACGUCAUUGCAUCUGGAUUCCGAGUUUUCUCCCACAAUAUACCUAAGGUUUUCAAGUUUUUUUUCACCCCGCUUACAUAGACAGUCAACAGCUUCAUUCA